AUGUUUUUUCUUGUAACGUUUUCCGUGACCGUUUUUCUUGUGUUCGUGCUUUCCGGAUUGGAACGCCUGAAAAGCGUUAGAAAAUUUAAAGAAAUAGCUCCGGGACCGAGACCUUGGCCUCUCAUCGGAAGUCUUCAUUUGAUGGGAGGCAGUUCGAGUCCUUUUCAAGUAUUCACAAAACUUUCUAAAACCUACGGUAGCAUUUACAGUAUAACUCUGGGUUCGAGUUCUUGCGUCGUAGUUAACAGCUUUAAUCUUAUAAAAAAAGUUCUCAUAUCCAAAGGUGGACAUUUUGGUGGAAGACCAGAUUUUAUAAGGUUUCAUAAACUUUUUGGCGGCGAUAGAAAUAAUUCUUUGGCUCUAUGCGACUGGGCGGAUUUGCAAAAAACCAGAAGGAGCAUCGCUCGUCUGUAUUGUUCUCCGCGUUUUGCUUCGACAAAUUACGAUCGCCUCCGAGAAGUGGGACUUCAAGAAAUGAACGAAUUUAUUUGCGAACUUUCCAAUAUCACGACAAAAAGUCACGAUGUAGAAUUGAAACCUCUGAUAAUGGCGACGUGUGCCAAUAUGUUUACCAGUUACAUGUGUUCCACUAGGUUCAAUUACGACGAUAAAGAAUUUACAAAAACCGUUCUUCUUUUCGAUAAUAUUUUUUGGGAAAUAAAUCAGGGGUACGCCGUGGAUUUCUUACCUUGGCUUUUGCCCUUUUACAAUAGACACAUGAACCGCCUCUCUAAAUGGUCUAAAGAUAUUAGGCAGUUUAUUUUAUCACGCAUCAUCGAUCAUCAUCGCAGUACUUUGGAUCCUAACGCACCGCCUAGAGAUUUCACAGAUGCAUUACUAUUACAUUUGGAAGAAGACGAACUCCUUAAUUGGCAACACAUCAUUUUCGAAUUGGAAGAUUUUCUCGGUGGGCAUUCGGCCAUAGGAAAUUUAGUUAUGUUGGCUUUAGCCGGCAUCGUUAAAAAUCCCGAAGUCGGUACGAAAAUACAGGAAGAAAUCGACAGAGUGGUUGGAAAUUGUCGUCCCGUGGAUCUGUUCGACAAACCGGAUAUGCCAUUCACGGAGGCCACCAUUCUCGAAACGCUCAGGAUGUCUUCUUCUCCCAUAGUUCCACACGUCGCUAAUCAGGACACAAUGAUCGAGGGUUACUUUGUAAAGAAAGGCAGCGUUGUUUUUCUCAACAAUUACGAGCUCAACACGGGUGAAAAGUAUUGGAGCGAUCCUAAAAAGUUCAAACCCGAGAGAUUUAUUAUCAACAAUCAAAUAAUGAAACCUGAAUUUUUCAUACCUUUCAGCACAGGAAAGAGAACUUGCAUUGGACAGAGAUUGGUCCAAGGAUUUUCGUUUAUUCUAUUGGCAACCAUUUUGCAAAAUUACAAUGUGAGUUGCAGUGAUUUAUCAUCGAUACAUUUUCAACCGGCUUGCGUUGCUUUGCCACCAUCAACAUUUUCAUUAAAUUUAAAACCGAGAACAAUCCAACAGGAACAAAUAAAAGGAUAG